GAAAGACUCUGAAGAGUCCUCAAAGAGCAGAAAGCUUCAGAUGCAAUCCACUGAGGUCUGAAUUACAGUGAAGACUCAGAACAACUUAUACUGAAAGAUUCGGACUUGCACUUAGAGGUAUGGAGAGCACAGAUCCUACAACAGAAGAUCCUGAAACCUAUAAUUAUGAUUUGAUCAACUACACCACCAAUGGAAACUCCACUGUUGAUUUAGUGGAGCUAUGCAAAGCCAGCACAGGACAGGAGCUCACUAUUACUGUCAUCCAGACGACAGUCUUCCUCAUUGUCUUCUUUUUAGGCGUAUUUGGAAACGGGCUGGUCAUCGCCACUUUUGCAAUGUACCGCCAACUUCGUCUUCGAUGCAUGACUGAUGUCUUCCUUUUCUACCUGGCUCUUUCUGAUAUGCUGCUCCUGCUGACGUUGCCGUUACAGACGGGUGAGACACUGAUCGGCAGCUGGGUGUUCGGUGAGGCACUGUGCAAGCUAAAUCGUGGCUUGUAUGCCAUCAACACCUACAGUGGUCUGCUGUUGUUGGCAUGCAUUAGUGUUGAUCGCUAUUUGGUGGUGGUUCACACCAGGGCCACGCGGAGGCUGAAUUCUGGCACGCUGUACUACAGUACACUGUCUGCGGCCACUGUCGCAGUGACCUCUGUCAUCCUAAGCCUGCCAGACCUGCGCUUCUCCUCUGUAAAUGAAGAAAUGGGUUCAACAGACCUCUUGUGUGACAUGAACGUGUGGGCUAGUAAAGGGAGUAAAUGGAAGCUGUGGGCCCAGGUGGCAAAGAUCGCAGGAUUCUGUAUUCCUUGCGUGGCGAUGGUGGUUUGUUAUGGCGCGAUAGGCCGCGUGUUAGCCCGUGGCAGUUUGGGUGGCAAAUGCUGGCGUAGACAGAGAACGCUGCGUCUGAUGGCACUACUGGUGAUUCUUUUCCUGCUGUUCCAGCUACCCUACACGGUUGUAAUGUUGCUCAGAAUAUUCACACCGACACCAGGAUCCUGUGAAGAAUGGACCAGGGUCCAUUUGGAAGAAAACGUGACACGCAACCUGGCGUCUGUGCGAUGCUGCCUCAACCCUCUGCUCUACGCACUGGUUGGCGUAAGAUUCCGAAAUGACAUCAUAAGGUUGUUGACGGACGCCGGGUGCGUGUGUGCGUGUGUGUCACACCUAACGCCACACCAUGACAAUGGAAGCUCCGUUACGCCCUCCUCCCCAGCUCCAACCAUGCUUUCACCCCAGUCCUCGAUUUACCUGCCCGCAAAGAACACACCUGGUUUGGCCACACCCACUGUGACAGCAGACACAUCCCAAACCUUCUUUUUUCCAGUACCUAUAUCUGCUAAAAUGACUUCUGUCAUUGGCUGGUGUCAUCAAUGAUGUCAAUUGAAUCUGAAAUCAAAUAACUUCAGUUCAAGUUGUCGAAUUAUCAAGUUGUCGAAUUGAUAAUUUUAUGUCACUAUGUGCUGUGUUAUUGUUGCUCUGUGUUUGUUGUGGUUAUGUUUAUUGUGGUUCCCAUGAGUGUAAAACAAAUUCCCCAUGGGGCAAUAAAGGUUUUCAUUCAUUCAUUCAAAGGGACAGUUCACCCAAAAAUGAAAAUUGUCUCAUGAUUUACUCACCUUCAUGCCAUCCCAGUUGUGUAUGACGUUCUUUCUUCUGCUGAACACAAAUUAAGAUUUUAGAAGAAUAUUUCAGCUCUGUAGGUCCAUACAAUGCAAGUAGGGGUGGGCAUCGCGGUGCAACAAUCUAUCAAAGAAAUUUUGUUGCAUCGAUUACUACAUUUAAGAAUCGAUAAUUAUUAUAUAUUAAUACCCAAUGUGUCAGUCUCAUAUUACACGAACCUUCUCGCAACAGACACAGGGCAGAGCACGCCCUAGUGGAAAAACCAGCUUAAGCUGGUUGCUCUGUUUUGGAACAUGGU